UAUCCAAAAUGGUUGAAUUUUAAAACAAGACCAAAUAGAAUGUAAAAGAGUACCAAUUUCUUGAUUACAUCAAAAACAUUGGGCAGAUAGAUUUGAAUUUAAUUUAUUUAUUUUCUGUGGUGUUAUAUAUAAUUGAUGUAAAAAAUUAUAUUGUACUAAUCUAAGUCAGACAUUUAUUGUAUUUUUCAUACUAUCAAAACAUAAUCUUGACCAAUUUCUUCCAUCAAUUUUAAUAUUUAAAUCAGAUUCCCAUUUUUGUCUUGAUUUAUGAAUUCCUGGUUUAAUUGUCUGUUUUUGUAUCAAAUUAUACAUAUAAGACAUAAAUUUUUUAAUUUUUCCUUUUUUAAUUAAAGUUUCUAUUUCAUUAGGCUUUGGCAUCAACAUUGUUUGACCCAGUUUAUCUCUUAAAUAGGCCUUUAAUUGUAAAUAACAAAAAAGGGCGUUAGUUGAUAUUUUAUAUUUAUUUUUUAAUUGAUCAAAUUACAUCAAUAUACCUCCUUCAAAACAGUCACCUAUAUAUUUAAUCCCCUUUUGAAACCAAUUAUGUAAAAGUUUAUUAUCCAUUGUAAAAGGAAUAUGCCUAUUUUGAAUUAAGGUUCUUUUUGCUAAUAAAGAUUUCUUUAUCUCAUCAUUCAUAUUUACCUUAUUCCAUAAAUCAAUUAAAUGUCUUAAUACAAAAGAUUCUUUCUUUCCCUGUAUCCAUUUGGAUUCCCAUUUAUAUAUAAAAUCUUCUGGUACAUUUUCUCCUAUCUUAUCUAGUUCUAUUCUAAUCCAUGCCGGUUUAUCUUCAUCAAAAAAAGGAUGCAAUGAUAAUCUGCUUCUGAAGAAGGUGCUGGAUUUGUUAAGUCAAACUAUUGGGAAAAAAAGUGUCCCUUGAUCCUAAAUUAUGUAUUCUGAACAUUUAUCCAAAGGACUUUGUAACCUCCAACAAUGUAAGGUCUCUGCUUAAUAUUUGUUUUUUGGAAGGCAAAUGCUGCAUAGUCUAUUCAUGGAAGAAACCAACAACCAGUGGACUCUCACAGUGGCUGAAAGGAACGACUUCUUAUCUUGCUCUAGAAAAGAUAAGCUAUAUUACAAAAAACAAACUUGGCAAACUUUGGGAAAUUUGGGACAUUUUCUACAAGUUUCUGGAGAACAAUAUUCAGGAUGAUGAAAGUAAACUGAAUUAACUGCUUUUUUAAUGGUGGGGUGUUUGUUUUUUGUGUUUUUUUUCUUUUGAUUUCUUAUGUACUUUAUUUUUCCCUUUUCUUUAAUUUUGUUGCACUUUAAAACCUAUGAAUGAUUUAAAGUUUUUUCUUUUCAUUCUGAAAAAGUAAUAAAGUGUUGUUUUAAAAAAUGCCAUCUUGCAAGCAUUCUAGACUCCAUCUCUUGGGAUCCAGCACCAACCUGAUUGUGUGAACCCCAAGGUCCUGAAGGAGUGUGCUGAGCAGCUGUGUGGAGUUCUCCAGUGCAUUUUCAAUCUGAUUCUCAGCCUGGAAAGGGUUCUGACUGUGUGGAAAACAUUAUGUGUGCUCCCAGUACCCAAGAAGGGCCAACUGAAAGUCUUUAAUGUCUACUGUCCAGUGGCCCUGACCUCACUCAUCAUGAAGACCCUAGAGAGGCCGGUCCUGGCUCACCUCUGACCCCCCUGGUCAGAUCAGCCCUCAAUCCCCUACAGUUUGCCCACCAGGAGUGCAUUGGCGUCGACAGUGCUGUCAUCGAUACGAACGUGCCAAUGGACAGGAUCAGAAUAAGCUGCAGAGGGUUAUACACACAUCUAGUCCCAUCAUGGGCACAGGCCUCCCUACUAUCAAGGACACGUUCACAAGGCGAUGUUUCAAGAAGGUGGCAUCCAUCAUUAAACGAUUCAGGAACAGCUUCUUCCGCUCCACUAUCAGACUACUGAGCAAUCCAUGAAUCCGUGAACACUACCUCACUGGUUUCUCUCGUCAUGCACCACUUUUAUAUAUCCAUUUCUCAUGCUAGCUUUAUUAAGUAUUGCACGUACUGCUGCUGCAAAACAAAUUUCACGGCAUAAGUUAGUAAUACUAAUUACACAUUGCAUGAUACUCCUGCCGCAAAGCCACAAAUUUGGUGUCAUAUAUUACUGAUAAUAAGCCUGAUUCUGAUUCUGAUUCUGAAUUGAACAAAACUUUGGUGUGGCUGAAUUUGGAGUAUUGAGUGCAGCCUGUUCAAGUACUUAUAGGAAAGAUAUCAAACAGCUUGAAAGAGUGUUGAGAAAACUUACAAGGAUGUUGCUGGGAAUUAUGGCCCUGAGUUAUAGGGAAUCGUUGAAUCUAUGAGGACUUUAUAACUUGGAGCACAGGUGAAUGAGGGGUAUCUUGUAAAGGUAUAUAAAAUUAUGAAGGGUAUACUGUAGAUAGGAUGAAGUCAUAUAGGCUUUUUCCCCUCAGCUUGAGUGAAACUAGAACUUGAGACCAAAGGUUUAGGGUGAAAGGUGAAAUAUUUAAGGGAAAUUUGAGAGGAAAAGGGACAAAAGAGAUUUCAGAUGCUGUCAUCUGACACAGCAUACAAGCUGCUGGAGAUAUGCAGCAGGCUGAUUAGCAAUUGAGAAGGCUCAUUUUGGACCUGAAACUUUGACUAUCAAUUUGCCUCUACAGAUGUCGCUUGACCUGCUGAUUUCCUCUAGUAGUUUGCUCUGUUUUUACUUAAAAACAAAUAACAGGUUAAACAAAUGUGUUUCUAAGCUAUUCAAAUCAGUGUCGUGUUCUCAAGAUCCUAUCCUACACAGAUAAACAAAGUUGUGGCAAAACGAUAGCAUAGGAUAUUAGUAACAUAUAAACUGAUUAUUUCCAUUACAUUUAACAUAGCGCAAAUACAGCGGGGUGCAAUGAAAAGUGAAACUUGGUUGCAAUCACAUAGUUACAACACACAGUACAUUACACAUACAGAAAUCACACAAGUCACACAGUGGGGAAAAUGUCACGUGAAAUGUCAGCCACACUUACACCAUGUUCUCAUGUAAACGUUCACUGUUUGAGAAGAAAUGUACCGUAGUGACGAACAUGUUUUUGCGGAACGUUUAUCCACCGGAUGGUGAAUGAGGUGGCACCCACGGCCAGCGUGGAGGAACUUUCCUGCCCCCCGCCGCCCGUCUCAGGCCUCCGAUACCCGCCUACCCCUCUGUGCCAGGCCUCAGGCCCGGGACCUCCGCCGCCUGAGCCCCUUCAGCGGCCGCCGGGUCCCGGAGGGGUGAGGGGACCCCCGGGGUCUGAGACCACUGUGGGAAGGAGAGAUGGCGACUUUCUCCUAGCCUGCAAACGUCCCGUUACCACCGGGCAAGGGAGUCCCGGGAGUUGAGGAUUUGUGCGGCUGGUUAGUUGCACUCGAUGAUCGCUGUUCCAAGUGACAAUGCCCGAAGAGCUCCACUAACGUACCUCCGCCGACAAGCCUUUGUGGCCACUGAGUGCACUGAUCUGCUGGCAGGACUCGAAGUUUGAAGCUGGUUUCCGAAUGUAUGUCAUUCGGAAGGACUGUUGAGAAUACGAGGCUUGUCUGCAGAUCCGCCACAUCUUUUGCCGAUAGACUAUGUAACACAGCCAGGAACAGAUUAAGAGCUAAGGAGUGAAAGAAAAUGAUGUACUCGUCUAGACGAAAACCCAUUCUCUACUUCACCAAGGAGGACAGCAGGUCAGGCCUGCUACUAAGGAUGUUACCCAGGAGAUGUUCCAUCUUUAAAUUGUUUUGUACGUUUGUAGCCCUUGGAUUCUUCUCUGUCAUGUGGCUGCAGUAUAACUGUAGAAUAAGCAGCAGUCAAAGCAGCAAGGAUGAUGCCUCAGUGCAUGUGUCCUGCCAGGAGGAAACUGAUGAUCCAAGCUGGGGCCCUCACAAAAUUGCCAUCAUUGUUCCCUUCAGGGAGCGUUUUGAAGAACUUUUGAGUUUUGUCCCAUAUAUGCAUGCAUUUUUAAAGAAGAAGAAAAUCAGACACAAGAUUCUUGUAAUCAACCAAGUCGAUCACUUCAGAUUUAAUCGUGCCUCUUUGAUAAACGUUGGUUUCUUGGAGAGUGGGAAUGAUACCGACUACCUUGCUAUGCAUGAUGUGGACUUGCUGCCCCAGAAUGAAGACCUGGACUAUGGGUAUCCUGAGAAAGGACCUUUUCAUGUGGCAUCCCCAGAACUUCACCCGCUCUAUCAUUACAAGAACUAUGUGGGAGGGAUACUCCUCCUCACCAAGCAACACUUUGAACUGUGCAAUGGGAUGUCAAACCGGUUUUGGGGAUGGGGACGGGAGGAUGAUGAAUUUUAUCGUAGAAUAACAGCAGCAGGACUUCAGCUUUACCGUCCUACUGGAAUUCGGACAGGAUAUAAUACCUUCAAACAUUUCCAUGAUCCAGCGUGGAGGAGGCGAGACCAGAAGAGAGUGUCAGGACAGAAGCAGGAACAGUUUAAAGUGGACAAAGAAGGUGGAUUAAGGAACUUGAGAUACAGUGUGGGGUCGAGAACAGAGCUGACGAUCGCAGGGGUACACUGCACCAUCAUCAACAUCUUACUGGAAUGUGACCUAAACGAAACACCGUGGUGCGUAAUAAACUGAUGGGAUAUAAGACAGAAAUGGUUGGAUCUCUUCUAGCUGAUAUGGAACUGCUGACUAUGUGGAUAGACAUAUCGCUCUGUGAUUUUGGGCACCAGUUUCUAUUGGUGAUGCUCUCAGUACACGAUGUGGUACCAAGUUUUGGGAUAGGAUAGGAAUAGUCUAUGGGUGACGUAUUGAUCAAUGUUACAGGUUCUAGCUGCAUUUGACAAGUUGGUUACAAGAAUCCCUGUCUGAGUGGUUAGCAAUUUAAAAGUUUCUUCAUGGGAAGUUGCUCAUAAACUAGCAAAAUCUGUUUUUUCUCCAAGUCCUUAUCUUUUUGUUAAGGUCAUAGCCGAUAACCCGUUUUAAGUGUUCUCUUGAUGGACUGUAUUUUGUCAAUUCAAUGAGGAAGCAGAGGCCUUCUGCCAAUAUUGCAGAACAACAUCAUCUGUUACCUUUCUGUAAAAAGACCUUUAUAUCUUGUGUUACCCACUUUAGAAACAAUGCCAACCCUAGCAUUACAAUUCAGAGACCAAUGGAUUCUCCUCUUGUUCAUGGAAUGAUGGAACAGAAGUUUACAAAGAAUAUUGAAAACUCCAUAUCAAUGUGUCUGCAUUUGUCACUGAACAUGGUUAUGACAUUAUGAUAAACGCAUUUACUGCUGUCAACUAGUUGACGGAUUCAUCAUGCUGAUUUUGAAACUCGGCCAUUGCAGUGUUCUUGGUUACUAUAUGUACAGUUAGAAAAGCUACAUUCCAAGCCAAGUUGAGAAGAUGGGAAUGAUCUCACAAUUAAGGUAAAGAACAGUCUGUUUUAUAUUUUAA